CUUCAGCUAAGCUCUAGCUUUGCCCACCUAAGUAUUGGUUGUUCACCCAAUCAAGUUUAGUUUAAUUUUUGCUUUUGCUGGCAGCGGUUUCGGUUUCAGUUUCAGUUUCGGUUUCAAUUUCGAUUUCUAGCCAAGUGCUAGAGUUUUGGAUAUCUCAUUGACAAUGUUGCGGUUGUCCAAUUCCUCAUAUAGUUCCCUAUGUAUUAUUGUGUUUUUGAAUUUUGUGUGGCUUUUGCUGCUGACGACAACGACGACAUUUGCCAAGCCAACUGACCCCAAUGAUUCCAAUCCUGGGAUGAAACAUGUUACUGUCUUGGUGAAGCCAAUGAAUAAGCCCCGUGAGGAGUUCGAUUUCGAGCGGAAUGAGAAGGAGGCCAUCAAUUCGGCUCACUUGCAGCAGUUAUUUGGCAGUUUGCUGCAGCUGCCAGGUUCGGGAAACUCCAGUCUUCAGGUCACCAUCGAUACGGAUGACGAGCCGGUCAGUGAACGCAUCACGCUGGACGAUGACAUGGAGGCCACUGGUGAGCAGCAUGAGCAGCAGCAUCGCAUCAAGCUGGCCAUUCCUGUUCUGGAGCCGGUCAAGCAUCUUAUCAAUACGGUGGGCGGUGGCGGAGUGAACGAUUCCCAUGUGAAGAGCAACACCCACCGCCUGAGGCACCAUGGCGUGCACGAGCCGCAUCAUUCCGGCGGAAAUAUCAGCUCUCCAGCCAUCGAAACAGAGGAGGAUCGGGAAACGGCCAUCGACAGUACUGGGUUCGAUGUGCUGGAGACGCUGGGAACGGCGGGAACGGUGCUCUGGGGCAUCCUGCAGAAUCUCCGGAAGCUUUUUGCGGCCAGUGCUGGGAAUGCCAGUUCGGCAUCCUCGGGCGGCGGAGGCAAUUAGGCAGCAUUUUGGAGAGCCUGUGUUCUGUGAUUAAUAUUAGACUUAUGUUAAAUGGGAUUUAUAACACCUUGAUACAUACUAAUAAAAUAAACGAAUGUCUAAAAUAA